ACCAAGAAUCAAGAUCUCCCAAUGUUCUUAUAGCCUGCUUCUGCGUCCUGUCUCAUUCUCACCCACCAUUCACUAAUCAAAUUAAAUCCCUCUUCUAACUCCGUCAACUUACUAAUCUCGCACCAAACCACACAUCACAACACUUCCUAUUCCAAAUUUUACCUUUGAAUGCAAAGGAAAUCGUAUUUCGAUCCAUACAGCUCCAACCUACGCGCGCACAUAGGUUUUUUCAAGACAGUGACAGUGUGACAUCACGUUCUUUUCCUUCGUAGGUGCGCCCGCACUCACCAACCACCAGAUCUCUCCAACCUUAUUUAUUUACACUCUCCUCCACACCCCACUCUUUUCUUUUUCCACAUUCGCAUUCAUGGAACGUGCCCGGAGGCUAGCAAACAAGGCGAUUCUCAAGAGGCUAAUUUCCUCGGCCAAGGUUAAUUCCCAUUCGCGUUCUCUUUCAUCUAUUUCCCAUUCCUUUUCAUUACCCAAACCAGAGAACCCGAUCGGAAACAACCGAAAACUCUCACAUAAUGUCCCAUCUCGAUUCAUUUCACUGGAUGCGCUCAAGCCGAGCGACACAUUCCCACGGCGCCACAACUCGGCCACCUCGGAGGAACAAAGCAAGAUGGCCCAGACAUGCGGCUUCGACAGCCUGGACUCCCUCAUCGACGCCACCGUCCCGAAAUCAAUCCGUCUGAACGACAUGUCGUUCAGCGUCUUCAACGAGGGGCUAACGGAGUCGGAAAUGUCGUCGCACAUGAACAGCUUGGCGUCGAAGAACAAGUGCUUCAAGUCGUACAUCGGGAUGGGGUACUACAACACGCACGUGCCGCCCGUGAUCCUGCGGAACAUCAUGGAGAACCCCGCCUGGUACACUCAGUACACUCCUUACCAGGCCGAGAUAUCUCAGGGCCGUCUCGAGUCCCUCAUGAAUUUCCAAACCAUGAUCUCAGAUCUCACCGCGCUUCCAAUGUCCAACGCUUCCUUGCUCGACGAAGGAACUGCGGCCGCUGAAGCAAUGUCAAUGUGUAACAACAUCCACAAGGGAAAAAGAAAGACUUUUAUCAUUGCCAGUAACUGUCACCCUCAAACUGUUGAUGUUUGCAUAACCAGAGCGUCUGGUUUUGGUAUUAAGGUUGUUACUGCGGAUGUUAAGGAUGUGGACUAUAAAUCCGGUGAUGUUUGUGGGGUUCUUGUUCAGUACCCGGGGACUGAGGGUGAGAUUUUGGACUAUGGAGAGUUUGUAGAGGAGGCUCAUGCGCAUGGAGUGAAGGUUGUUAUGGGGACUGAUUUGUUGGCUCUGACUGUGCUGAAGCCUCCUGGGGAAAUGGGGGUGGAUAUUGUUGUUGGCUCUGCUCAGAGGUUUGGGGUUCCGAUGGGGUAUGGGGGUCCACACGCCGCAUUCCUCGCCACAUCGCAAGAGUAUAAGAGGAUGAUGCCUGGGAGGAUCAUUGGGGUCAGUGUUGAUUCUUCUGGAAAGCCGGCUUUGAGAAUGGCCAUGCAAACUAGGGAGCAGCAUAUCCGGAGGGACAAGGCCACUAGCAACAUUUGCACUGCUCAGGCACUGCUUGCAAACAUGGCUGCUAUGUAUGCUGUAUAUCAUGGACCUGAAGGACUUAAAACCAUUGCCCAACGGGUUCAUGGUCUUGCUGGGGUGUUUGCUCAGGGAUUAAAGAAACUUGGAACCGUGGAAGUUCAGGACCAUCCAUUCUUUGACACUGUGAAAAUUAGGACUGCCAAUGCCCAUGCAAUUGCUGAUGCUGCUUGCAAGAAUGAAAUCAAUUUGCGGGUUGUUGAUGGGAACACUAUCACUGUUGCCUUUGAUGAAACAACCACCUUGGAGGAUGUUGAUAAUCUUUUCAAAGUUUUUUCUAAUGGCAAGCCUGUCUCCUUCACAGCUGCAUCUCUUGCACCAGAAGUUCAGACUGCACUUCCUUCUGGACUUACUAGAAAGAGUCCUUAUCUGACACACCCUAUCUUUAACACGUACCACACUGAGCAUGAGCUUCUCAGGUACAUUCAUAGGCUACAAUCAAAAGAUCUUUCAUUGUGCCACAGUAUGAUCCCGCUAGGAUCUUGUACAAUGAAGCUGAACGCUACAACUGAAAUGAUGCCUGUGACAUGGCCUAGCUUUGCUAACAUUCACCCUUUUGCACCGAUUGAACAGGCUCAAGGUUAUCAGGAAAUGUUCGAAAAUUUGGGUAAAUUGCUGUGUACAAUCACUGGGUUUGAUUCCUUCUCUUUGCAACCUAAUGCUGGUGCUGCCGGAGAAUAUGCUGGACUGAUGGUUAUUCGUGCAUAUCAUUUGGCAAGAGGAGACCACCAUCGCAAUGUCUGCAUUAUACCUGUCUCAGCACAUGGUACAAAUCCUGCCAGUGCUGCUAUGUGUGCAAUGAAAAUUGUAUCUGUUGGAACUGAUGCCAAGGGAAACAUCAAUAUUGAUGAGUUGAGGAAGGCUGCUGAAACACAUAAGGACAACCUAGCUGCUCUCAUGGUAACAUAUCCUUCAACCCAUGGUGUUUAUGAAGAAGGUAUUGAUGAGAUAUGCAAGAUUAUUCAUGAUAAUGGAGGUCAAGUAUAUAUGGAUGGUGCUAACAUGAAUGCACAGGUAGGACUUACAAGCCCAGGUUGGAUUGGAGCAGAUGUUUGCCAUCUGAAUCUCCAUAAGACAUUUUGCAUCCCUCAUGGAGGAGGUGGCCCUGGCAUGGGUCCUAUUGGAGUAAAGAAACACUUGGCACCAUUUUUACCAUCACAUCCAGUGGUUCCCACUUGUGGCAUUCCUGCCCCUGGCAAGUCACAACCACUUGGUACCAUUUCUGCUGCACCAUGGGGCUCAGCACUGAUAUUGCCUAUCUCAUACUCUUACAUAGCCAUGAUGGGUUCUAAAGGACUCACCGAAGCAUCAAAAACAGCCAUUUUGAAUGCAAACUAUAUGGCAAAACGAUUGGAGAAUCAUUACCCUGUUCUUUUCCGUGGGGUCAAUGGAACAGUUGCUCAUGAAUUCAUUAUUGACUUAAGAGGCUUUAAGAAUACUGCUGGGAUAGAGCCUGAAGAUGUUGCAAAGCGCCUUAUGGACUAUGGUUUCCAUAGUCCGACAAUGUCAUUUCCUGUGCCUGGCACACUCAUGAUUGAGCCAACUGAAAGUGAAAGCAAGGCCGAGCUAGACAGGUUUUGUGAUGCUCUUAUUUCCAUUCGACAAGAAAUUGCUGAGAUUGAGAAAGGAAAGGCCGACAUUAACAACAAUGUUCUAAAGUGUGCCCCUCAUCCACCAUCAGUGCUCAUGGGAGAUGCAUGGACAAAACCAUACUCUCGAGAAUAUGCUGCCUUCCCAGCUUCCUGGCUUCGUGUUUCUAAGUUCUGGCCUUCCACAGGACGUAUUGAUAAUGUGUACGGUGAUCGCAACCUCGUUUGCACCCUUCUCCCAACAUCACAGGUUGUUGAAGAACAAGCUGCUGCAACGGCCUAAUCUUUUCUUCCAUUGACAAGUAUUUUCAUUUUUUAAAUUGUACAUAAACUCUUCCUAUCAUUCAGGCGUUGCUGCUUGACCUUUGCUUCAUUAUAUCAUAAUGAUGAUGAUGUAAGUUUCAUUCAGCCACAUAACCAUACCUAAACACAGCAAAGAAAGGUAUCCAAAAAAGAAAUAAACUGUUGUGACUUGUGUCCAAUGCGGUA